UAAUGGAGGCACGGAAGAAAGCCUUCAAUGACUUUGCAUGUGAAUGGCGAAUUUUCAAAAGCACUUUAGUUUGAUUUCCACUUUAGACUCAAUUUUGACUUGAAUUCUGCUGAGAGGAACAGCUAUCAUUUGCUUCUACGCAUGUAGUUUCCGAUGCUGCAUUGAGGUUUACACCACUCAUCAAGCAUGUCAGAAACACCACUCAAGGGUACACCGCUGCAGCCGACUGCCGUUUCCGACGUGAAGGAGGCAGAUGAAACUUGUACUUUCGUGGAAAGGACAUCAUCAUCUGGGCCUGGCACCGUGGAGAAACCAAGGGAGCGAUGGACGGGACGGCUAGACUUUAUCCUGUCCUGCAUCGGUUUUGCUGUAGGCUUGGGAAAUAUCUGGAGAUUCCCAUACCUUUGCUACAAAAAUGGUGGUGGUGCGUUUCUGAUUCCCUACUUAAUAUGCGCUGUUGCUGGGGGAAUUCCUCUCUUCUUCAUGGAGGUGGCUCUGGGCCAGUUCAUGUCGCUUGGAGGCAUCAAAGCUUGGAACAUAUGUCCCAUCUUUAAAGGAAUUGGCUACGCAACCACAGUGAUCACCUUCUGGAUGAAUCAUUACUACAUCAUCAUCUUAGCCUGGUGUCUGAUGUAUCUCUUCUCAUCAUUCACCACGGAGCUCCCCUGGUCCACCUGCAGCAACGACUGGAACACUGAAAGCUGCCGGGACAAUUACAAUACAAGCAGCUCUUGUGUGGGUGAUGUCUCAUUGCGACCAAAUGUGACAAAUAAAAAUACUACUUUGUCAUACUCGAUGUCUUGGGUGCUGCAUGAUGAAGACCAAAACACAUCUUGCCCGAACGAGACUUUCACCUCUCCUGUCGAAGAAUUCUUUGAGCACCGUGUGUUAGACAUCUCAUCAGGCAUCGAGGAGAUUGGGGCUGUUCAGUGGGAGUUGGCACUGUGUCUACUCCUUGCCUGGGUUCUGGUGUAUUUCUGCAUCUGGAAGGGUGUGAGGUCCACGGGCAAAGUUGUGUACUUUACUGCGACCUUCCCCUAUGUGGUGCUAACUAUUCUCAUGAUCCGUGGUGUCAUGCUAGAUGGAGCGGCAGAUGGGCUGAUAUUUUACUUAAAGCCCAACAUAACAAGGCUAGCUGAUAGCCAGGUGUGGAUCGAUGCCGGGACACAGAUUUUCUUCUCAUACGCCAUCGGCAUUGGAUGCCUGACUGCACUAGGCAGCUACAACCAUUUCCACAACAACUGUUACCGGGAUACCCUGAUCAUAGUCAGCGUUAACAGCUUCACCAGUUUGUAUGGUGGCAUUACCAUCUUCUCCGUUUUGGGCUUCAUGGCCCAGGAGCAAAACAUUGACAUCAGCAAGGUAGCAGACAAAGGUCCAGGCCUUGUGUUUAUAGCCUACCCCAAAGCUGUAUCACUGAUGCCAGCUGCUCCAGUCUGGUCCUGUAUUUUCUUUUUCAUGCUGGUCCUAAUGGGGUUGGAUAGCCAGUUUGUAGCUGUUGAGGGCUUCAUUACCGCCGUAGUGGACCUCUUUCCCAAACUGCGCAAAGGGUACAACAGAGAAUACUUUAUAUUGGCCAUCUGCGUCAUUUCUUUUGCCUUUGGCCUGGCCAUGGUGACAAAUGGAGGAAUGUACGUUUUUCAAGUCUAUGACUACUAUUCAGCGAGUGGUAUGGUCUUACUGUGUAUGGCAUUCUUUGAAACCAUUGCGAUUGGAUGGGUUUAUGGUGGAGAGAGGUUCUAUCAGGACAUUGAAAGAAUGAUUGGCUACCGGCCUUUUGGCUGGUUCAAAUGGUGCUGGAUGUUCUUCACUCCAAGCAUAGCAGUGGCCAUCUGGAUAUUCAGCGUGGUGACAUGGACACCCUUAAAAUACAACGACUACACCUUCCCCCUCUGGGGCGAAGCAAUAGGCUGGUUCUUUGCCCUCAACUCCAUGAUGUGCAUACCCAUCUACUUUGUGUACAGGUUGGUCAAAGCGAGGGGAACCAUACUUGAGCGUUGGCGCAGUGUCACAACACCAAUCUUAAAGGUUCAACCACCUGAAGCUGAGAACGGUAACAGCUUGUGCCUGUCUGAAACAAAAUACAACAAGAUGGAUACUGUUCCCGAAAAACAAAUCAUGUUUUAGAUCGUCAGAGCUG